AUGAAGCAUCACUUCAUCGUUCCCUUAACAGAUUAACAAAUGUCGCCAGCGGUGGUACACGUCUUUACGACAGUAUGGUUGACAUCGUAGAAACCUUCCAUCGUAGUGGCGAUCGUACUCGUCCUUGGGUGGUUGUCGUCGUGACUGACGGCGAUGACAACUGCAGUAUCCGAAGUAUUGACAGGUGCGCCCAAGAAGUAUCACGGCUAUUCACCAAGGAGUCUAGCAACUUCUUAUUUGUCGUCGGAGUUGGAGAUAAUGUGGAUUCGACAAAGAUGGAAAAGAUGGCGACUACUGGCAAUUUCAUAUAUAUUCCCGUCAAAGAAUUUUACCUUCUCGAAUUCGCAUUCUUAACCCUCGCCUAUCAGGUCACCACCUCUCUAUCUCUCUCACUUGGUAGUCUUUCUGUCGGUAACCUUUCCGCAUCAUGGGCAGAAGUUCAAAGACACAGGGAACUAAGCAAGGUGGCAAUUGAUUAUGCCCUCUUGAUUGACGUGUCAGCGUCCAUGAAUAGUAAGAUCAGCCCACCACCGCCGCAAUGUUUUGCAGGUCAUGACAUGAAGUCAAAAUCAUAUGGAGAUUGGUGGUGCGGCGUGUGUGGGAAAGAUGGAAAGGUGAGUCUUUUGCUAUUAAAUAUUCUCUUUGUGGCAUUGGCUGACAUUCCUUUCACAAAUUCUGGAUAUAGUCGUCGUCCCGAUAUCAUUGCAGCACCUGUGACUUUAAUGCUUGCGCUGAUCACUGUGAGUCCGGAAGUAGGUGUAAAUCCAGGAGUCAAUGUCGAAGCCGUCAUCCCCUUCGCUACCUUCAAUCAUACCAAUGGAGAUGCGAUGAAUGUAAGAAACUUUGUUAUGGAAGGCGCUUACGAUGUCAGCAAUGUGACUAUGAUAUGUGUUCGAAUUGCUUGGUAA